ACUUUGUUCAGGAUGCCGCCUCCCUCCUCAUUGUGGGGCCGGGGCCGGCGGCUGCCCUAGUGCGGGGCCCGAGGCUGGAGUGCGCGGCGGACGCCAAGCCUGGUGCGAGGGGCCGAGGCGGCCUGCGGAGCCCCGGGAAACUUUGUGCUCGCGAGAAGCGGACCCCGCACCCGCGCUGCCCUUGGGGAUGCGCGACUCUGCGCGGCUGCGGCGCGGACCCGGAGCCCGGGCGGGCAGGCGCUCCGAAACAGAGUCUUGCUAUGUUGCCCAGGCUGGUCUGAACUCCUAGCCUCAAGUGAUCCUCCCACCUCAGCCUCCCAAAGUGCUGGGAUUACAGAUGUGAGCCACACACCCAGGACAGUAGCCCACACUUCCAGCCUUGCAGACCAUGAAUGGGAUGGCCAAUGUGAAUCCCGCCAGCCGCCCUCACUACGCCUCCUCCAUCCCGGUGCCUCGUGCCUCUUCCCAGACCAGGAUUCCUACACCGGGCGCUUCUCCCCAGCUGCGGCCAUGCCAGGCCGGCCUGGCCCUGAGCCCACAGAGAGCAGCCUCCCCCAGACUGGGAAAGGCUGCAGGUCCUUCUAGAAACUCCUCUCCUAGGGCCUUCCAGGGGAGAGGCUCUCCCAAGUUUGCUGGGGCGGUGAGGGAGUCAGCUGAGGAUGGGGAAGGCCCCUUCAGCUCCCCAUGGAAUAGUCCCAGGACAACCCCGAAAGCAGCCCUCUCCAGCCGGGCUGGAUCCGGAAGAAUUGGCGAGAGACAAGGCACCCAGGGAAAGAAGAAAAAAGCCCAGGAAGGGACUCCAGUCUGCCAGACCCGGGGCAGAAGCCCUUCUCGGACGAGCUUUCACAGAGAAACUCAAAUACCAGGGGCCCCGGAAGGUCGGAAGCCUCCAAGCUGCCCAGGAAAAGACCAAAGAGAUAUAAACUACAAAAGUUCUGGGACCCCCAGGUCUUUGGAGCCUGAUGAGGGGGCAGCUUCGUGGGCUUCCUCUCCAGUCUGCAGCCCAGUGCAGGGCAAGCGCCCCUCUCCCUCUCCGGGGGCCAUUAGCUUCUCCUCAGUCCAUCAGCAGAGUCAGCCAGUCACAGCCACGGUGGCCCCCUUCCAGUACAGGUUGCAAACUGACCAGAAACCUGGCCCCCUCUCCCAGGGCAGCUGGCCCCUUGAUGGCUAUGCUGAGCCCCUCCAUGAGACUGAGGAGAGCUUCUCCUGCAUGGACGCGCGGAUCGUCCAUGCGCUCCUCGCGGGCAGAAUGCUGGGCAGCAGCGUCAAGAGCGUGCAGCCCGAGGUGGAGCUGAGCAGCGGCGGCGGCGACGAGGGCGCGGACGAACCGCGGGGCGCCGGCAGGAAGGCGGCAGCGGCGGACGGCAGAGGCAUGCUGCCCAAGCGCGCCAAGGCGCCCGGCGGCGGCGGCGGCAUGGCCAAGGCCAGCGCGGCUGAGCUGAAGGUCUUCAAGUCCGGCAGCGUGGACAGCCGUGUCCCCGGCGGGCCGCCCGCCUCCAACCUGCGCAAGCAGAAGUCACUCACCAACCUCUCUUUUCUCACGGACUCCGAGAAAAAGCUGCAGCUUUAUGAGCCCGAAUGGAGCGACGAUAUGGCCAAGGCGCCCAAAGGCUUAGGCAAGGUGGGGUCCAAGGGCCGUGAAGCUCCGCUGAUGUCCAAGACGCUGUCCAAGUCGGAGCACUCGCUCUUCCAGGCAAAGGGCAGCCCGGCGGGCGGCGCCAAGACCCCCCUGGCUCCGCUCGCGCCCAACCUGGGAAAGCCGAGCCGGAUCCCUCGAGGACCCUAUGCGGAGGUCAAGCCGCUCAGCAAGGCGCCUGAAGCGGCCGUGAGCGAAGAUGGCAAAUCGGACGACGAGCUGCUCUCCAGCAAGGCCAAGGCGCAAAAGAGCUCUGGGCCCGUCCCCUCCGCCAAGGGCCAGGAGGAGCGCGCCUUCCUCAAGGUGGACCCCGAGCUGGUGGUGACCGUGCUGGGAGACCUGGAGCAGCUGCUCUUCAGCCAGAUGCUGGACCCAGAGUCCCAGAGAAAGAGGACAGUGCAGAAUGUCCUGGAUCUCCGGCAGAACCUGGAAGAGACCAUGUCCAGCCUGCGAGGGUCCCAGGUGACUCACAGCUCCCUGGAGAUGACCUGCUACGACAGCGAUGACGCCAACCCACGCAGUGUGUCCAGCCUCUCCAACCGCUCGUCCCCUCUGUCAUGGCGCUAUGGCCAGUCCAGUCCGCGGCUGCAGGCUGGUGACGCGCCCUCUGUGGGUGGGAGCUGCCGCUCGGAGGGGACGCCCGCCUGGUACAUGCACGGCGAACGGGCCCACUACUCCCACACCAUGCCCAUGCGCAGCCCCAGCAAGCUCAGCCAUAUCUCCCGCCUGGAGCUGGUCGAAUCCCUAGACUCGGAUGAGGUGGACCUCAAGUCCGGCUACAUGAGCGACAGUGACCUCAUGGGCAAGACCAUGACGGAGGAUGACGACAUCACUACCGGCUGGGAUGAAAGCAGCUCCAUCAGUAGUGGACUCAGCGAUGCAUCAGACAAUCUCAGUUCAGAAGAAUUCAAUGCCAGCUCCUCACUCAACUCCCUCCCAAGUACUCCCACUGCUUCUCGCAGGAACUCAACAAUAGUGCUACGCACAGACUCAGAGAAGCGCUCACUGGCAGAAAGUGGGCUGAGCUGGUUUAGUGAAUCAGAGGAGAAAGCCCCUAAAAAACUGGAGUACGACAGUGGUAGCCUGAAGAUGGAACCUGGGACUUCUAAGUGGCGGAGGGAGCGGCCUGAGAGCUGUGAUGAUUCAUCCAAGGGUGGAGAACUGAAAAAACCCAUCAGCCUGGGCCACCCUGGUUCCCUGAAGAAGGGCAAGACCCCACCUGUGGCUGUAACUUCCCCCAUCACUCACACAGCCCAGAGUGCCCUCAAAGUCGCAGGCAAACCUGAGGGCAAAGCUACAGACAAGGGUAAGCUUGCAGUGAAGAAUACUGGGCUCCAACGCUCCUCCUCUGAUGCUGGUCGGGACCGCCUGAGUGAUGCUAAGAAGCCCCCCUCGGGCAUUGCUCGCCCCUCCACUUCGGGAUCCUUUGGCUACAAGAAGCCUCCUCCUGCCACAGGCACAGCCACUGUCAUGCAAACCGGUGGUUCAGCCACUCUCAGCAAGAUCCAGAAGUCCUCAGGCAUCCCUGUCAAGCCAGUAAAUGGGCGCAAGACUAGCUUAGAUGUUUCCAACAGUGCAGAGCCAGGAUUCCUGGCUCCUGGAGCCCGUUCUAACAUCCAGUACCGCAGCCUGCCCCGGCCAGCCAAGUCAAGUUCUAUGAGCGUGACCGGCGGGCGGGGUGGACCUCGCCCUGUGAGCAGCAGCAUUGACCCCAGUCUCCUCAGCACCAAGCAGGGAGGCCUUACGCCUUCCAGACUGAAGGAGCCUACCAAGGUAGCCAGUGGGCGGACCACUCCAGCCCCUGUCAAUCAGACAGAUCGGGAAAAGGAGAAGGCCAAAGCCAAGGCAGUGGCCUUGGACUCAGACAACAUCUCCUUGAAGAGUAUUGGCUCCCCAGAAAGUACUCCCAAGAACCAAGCAAGCCACCCCACAGCCACCAAGCUGGCAGAGCUGCCACCAACCCCUCUCAGGGCCACAGCGAAGAGCUUUGUCAAACCACCCUCACUAGCCAAUCUUGACAAGGUCAACUCCAACAGUCUGGAUCUACCAUCAUCCAGUGAUACCACCCAUGCUUCAAAGGUCCCAGAUCUGCAUGCUACAAGCUCAGCAUCUGGGGGCCCUCUCCCUUCCUGCUUCACCCCCAGUCCGGCACCCAUCCUCAAUAUUAACUCAGCCAGCUUCUCCCAGGGCCUGGAGCUAAUGAGUGGUUUCAGUGUGCCAAAAGAGACCCGUAUGUACCCCAAACUCUCAGGCCUGCACAGGAGCAUGGAGUCCCUCCAGAUGCCAAUGAGCCUCCCCAGUGCCUUCCCCAGCAGUACUCCCGUCCCCACCCCACCUGCUCCCCCUGCUGCUCCCACAGAAGAAGAGACGGAAGAGCUGACUUGGAGUGGAAGCCCCAGAGCUGGGCAACUGGACAGUAAUCAGCGGGAUCGGAACACUCUUCCCAAGAAAGGGCUCAGGUACCAGCUUCAGUCCCAGGAGGAGACCAAGGAGAGGCGACAUUCCCAUACCAUUGGUGGGCUGCCUGAAUCCGAUGACCAGUCAGAGCUGCCUUCUCCCCCUGCACUUCCCAUGUCUCUGAGUGCAAAGGGCCAACUUACCAACAUAGUUCACGGCUCAGUGCUGUCCCUGGCCUCCAGUGCCUCCUCCACCUACUCCUCACAAAUCCGGAAGCUUCGUAGGGAACUGGAAUCAUCCCAGGAAAAAGUGGCCACCUUGACAUCUCAGCUUUCUGCCAAUGCUAAUCUGGUGGCUGCUUUUGAGCAGAGCCUGGUGAAUAUGACAUCCCGCCUGCGACACCUGGCAGAGACGGCCGAGGAGAAGGACACUGAGCUGCUGGAUUUGCGAGAAACCAUAGACUUUCUGAAGAAAAAGAACUCUGAGGCCCAGGCAGUCAUUCAGGGAGCCCUUAAUGCCUCAGAAACCACACCCAAAGAACUUCGGAUCAAGAGACAAAACUCCUCAGAUAGCAUCUCAAGCCUCAACAGCAUCACUAGCCAUUCCAGCAUCGGCAGCAGCAAGGAUGCUGAUGCGAAAAAGAAGAAAAAAAAGAGUUGGCUUCGAAGUUCCUUCAACAAAGCGUUCAGUAUAAAAAAGGGGCCCAAGUCAGCUUCCUCAUACUCGGAUAUAGAGGAGAUUGCUACACCCGACUCUUCAGCCCCCUCAUCCCCCAAACUACAGCAUGGUUCUACAGAGACUGCUUCACCCUCCAUCAAGUCCUCCACCUCGUCCUCCGUGGGCACUGAUGUCACCGAGGGCCCUGCUCACCCAGCCCCCCACACAAGGCUGUUCCAUGCAAAUGAGGAGGAGGAGCCAGAGAAGAAGGAGGUAUCGGAGCUGCGCUCUGAGCUAUGGGAGAAGGAAAUGAAGCUUACAGACAUCCGCUUGGAGGCCCUCAACUCUGCCCACCAACUGGAUCAGCUUCGGGAGACCAUGCACAACAUGCAGUUGGAGGUGGACCUGCUGAAAGCAGAGAAUGACCGACUGAAGGUAGCCCCAGGCCCCUCAUCAGGCUCCACUCCAGGGCAGGUCCCUGGAUCAUCUGCAUUAUCUUCCCCGCGCCGCUCCCUAGGCCUGGCACUCACCCAUUCCUUCGGCCCCAGUCUUGCAGACACAGACCUGUCACCCAUGGAUGGCAUCAGUACUUGUGGUCCAAAGGAGGAAGUGACCCUCCGGGUGGUGGUGAGGAUGCCCCCACAGCACAUCAUCAAAGGGGACUUGAAGCAGCAGGAAUUCUUCCUGGGCUGUAGCAAGGUCAGUGGAAAAGUUGACUGGAAGAUGCUGGAUGAAGCUGUUUUCCAAGUGUUCAAGGACUAUAUUUCUAAAAUGGACCCAGCCUCUACCCUGGGACUAAGCACUGAGUCCAUCCAUGGCUACAGCAUCAGCCACGUGAAACGAGUGUUGGAUGCAGAGCCCCCCGAGAUGCCUCCUUGCCGUCGAGGUGUCAAUAACAUAUCAGUCUCCCUCAAAGGUCUGAAGGAGAAAUGCGUCGACAGCCUGGUGUUUGAGACACUGAUCCCCAAGCCGAUGAUGCAGCACUACAUAAGCCUCCUGCUGAAGCACCGGCGCCUCGUCCUCUCGGGCCCCAGCGGCACGGGCAAGACCUACCUGACCAAUCGCUUGGCCGAGUACCUGGUGGAGCGCUCUGGCCGUGAGGUCACAGAGGGCAUCGUCAGCACCUUCAACAUGCACCAGCAGUCUUGCAAGGAUCUGCAACUGUAUCUUUCCAACCUAGCCAACCAGAUAGACCGGGAAACAGGAAUUGGGGAUGUGCCCCUGGUGAUUCUAUUGGAUGACCUGAGUGAAGCAGGCUCCAUCAGUGAGUUGGUCAAUGGGGCCCUCACCUGCAAGUAUCAUAAAUGUCCCUAUAUUAUAGGUACCACCAAUCAGCCUGUAAAAAUGACACCCAACCAUGGCUUGCACUUGAGCUUCAGGAUGUUGACCUUCUCCAACAACGUGGAGCCAGCCAAUGGCUUCCUGGUUCGUUACCUGAGGAGGAAGCUGGUAGAGUCAGACAGCGACAUCAAUGCCAACAAGGAAGAGCUGCUUCGGGUGCUCGACUGGGUACCCAAGCUGUGGUAUCAUCUCCACACCUUCCUUGAGAAGCACAGCACCUCAGACUUCCUCAUCGGCCCUUGCUUCUUUCUGUCGUGUCCCAUUGGCAUUGAGGACUUCCGGACCUGGUUCAUUGACCUGUGGAACAACUCUAUCAUUCCCUAUCUACAGGAAGGAGCCAAGGAUGGGAUAAAGGUCCAUGGACAGAAAGCUGCUUGGGAGGACCCAGUGGAAUGGGUCCGGGACACACUUCCCUGGCCAUCAGCCCAACAAGACCAAUCAAAGCUGUACCACCUGCCCCCACCCACCGUGGGCCCUCACAGCAUUGCCUCACCUCCCGAGGAUAGGACAGUCAAAGACAGCACCCCAAGUUCUCUGGACUCAGAUCCUCUGAUGGCCAUGCUGCUGAAACUUCAAGAAGCUGCCAACUACAUUGAGUCUCCAGAUCGAGAAACCAUCCUGGACCCCAACCUUCAGGCAACACUUUAAGGGUUCGGCAAUCACUGUCACCCCCGGACAGCAGAACGCUGGCAUCAGCUAUCUUAGCUCCUCCUCUCCCCUCUCCUCUUUCAGAGCACUGGCUCUCCAGCCCCAGGAGGAGAACAGGAGGGAGGAGGAGAUGAAAGAGGAGGGACAGGUUCUUGGUGCUGUACCUUUGAGAACUUCCUAGGAAGGAAUGGUGGGGUGGCGUUUGGGAACUUGUGCCCCCUAAACACAUUUACUGGCCUCCUCUAAUGACUUUGGGGAAAAGAUGAUUCUGGGUCUUUCCCUUGACUUCUUGUUUCAAUUACAAACUCCUGGGCUUUCUGGGGAGGGGUUCAGAAAACAUCAAAACACUGCAGCAGUUCCUAAAUGAUUCUCACAAGCAACCCUGAGAGAGACAGUCUUGUGAGGGAGAUCUGGGGGAGGCAGGAAGCUCCUCAGAUUUUCUCACAGACCCUUCCCAAUUCCAUCACCACUGCCAACAACUCCUCCCCCAGAGAUCUGGCUGGAGCCCAGAAAAAGAAGCAUGUGGUUUAAAAAAUGUUUAAAUCAAUCUGUAAAAGGUAAAAAUGAAAAACAAAAACAAGCAAACAAACAAAAAACAAUGGAAAAGAUGAAGCUGGAGAGAGAGGAACCAGUUGCCAAGGUAGAGAGCUGCCCGCUCCUGCCCUCUGGAUGACAUAGGGGACAUCAACAAGACGGCUGCCAACCUGAGAAGUCACCAAACCACAAAAAUAACCUUACAGCCUUCAGGGAAAGACUACCAGCUCUGUCUUUCUACCCUCUAAUUUAACAAUGCAUGAGAGUCAAUAAACCCUACUUUUUUAUUUUUGGUUUUUAUUUUGUUUUCAUUUUUUUCUCCCAUUUGCCUAUUUAUUUUUUUGUUUCCCUUUUUUUUUUUUCUUUUUCCGUUUUUCCAUUUCCUCACAUGUCCACGAGAUGCUUGGGUUGCUCUUCCAGGGGCUAGUUUGGCUUUUCCAAGUGGGUUUUCUUUGGAGAAUCUGAUGCCAUGCAAUUGGCAUGACACCUGCCAUGCCACUAUCUUUGGCAUCCAUGGGGCUUAUAUGAGACAUGAAGCAUUGGCUCAGAAGUAGAGGGAGAAGAGGAACCCAGUUCCCUUGACUUCCCUUUUGAGAGCACACGUUCUGCUGGGUAGCUCAAUUGCCAGCCUCUGUCAUGAGAAGGUAUAGCCCCAUCUUGAUAGAAGAGUUACUCCGAGCUUUAUCAUGGACCAGAGGAAAACCAGAAAAUUGAAAACAUUCCUCUGUCUUGUGGCCAGUUUGGCCUUUCACUGCACUAUUCUGAUGGUGCCUGACUGAAUCCAAAUAUCCUAGCUGGCUCUUACUAUUUUUCACAAAUGAGUAUUCACAUAUAAGAGACUGAACAUCCAUGUGAGAUCAUCCCAAUCAGAAUAUAAGACUCAAGGAGUUUGACUUGGUGGCCAAUACCUGCCUUCCAAAGAGAUCCUACCUUUGCAGAUUUGCUCCUUUCCCAUUGCCUUGAAGGUCUGGCAAUCCCUGUUCUUUCAUUUGACAAGUACUUACUGAGUACUCACUAUGUACAAAUCAUUAGGUUAAAACAGACACACACACACACACACACACACACACACACACACAAGACCUGGGCCCUUAAGUUUACAGUCCAGCAGGAAAUGUUAACCUCCAUUAAGCUACGCCCCCUUGUUAUCUAGACCUUCGGGAUCAUCUAAGAAAUGUAGCUGAAACCCAAGGAGCCAGCUAGAAAGAAGCUUUUGAUUAGAUGUACAAUACAUUGGGGGCAGAAGAUCUGGGAUCAAUUAAGAUGGAGCCCGAAGGACUAUGGAAUCUUGCUUGUCAGGAAUGGGCAAGUCUACUUCCUGCCAUUUCUGAAAGCCCCGCGGGACCAGCUUCUAGGCUGAGCUGCCUAGUAGGCUGAAGCUUCAGGACUCUGCAGGUCAAGGAUAUGUGAUGAGCACCGGCCUAAGUGUUUGCUCUUCAGAUUCCUAAGUAGCACAAGACUUUAUCAGAAUCUAUAGGCAUACCAACCUGGAUCACUCUGUUCCACCCAACCGAGGAGUAGAUGCAUCUGAAUCUUCAUAUCGGUAUAUUUUCAUUUAAGUCCAAAAGAUGGUCCGGGCUGCCCCUCACAAAAGCUUCUGCAUCCACGUGGUAAGCUCCCAUGGAUGACAGGGUUCUGUAUGAUGGAGACUAUUAUUGCUAUUGCUGCUAAUUCCAUGAGCUGUGAAGAUCCCUAACCAACUCAGCUGUAACAUAUGCAAUUCUGUGGUGGGAAGAGGCUGUGUGUCCAAGGAUGGUGCUGAAAUCACUGCCUUAAGGUCUCUGCUGUGCAGAAUGAGGAGGCCCCCGAGCUGGCUGUUCUAACUUAGAAGGAAGAGAAGACUGGAUGGGCCUGCUUGGGAUCUAGGCCUCUUCUAAACCCUAUCCUAAGCUCCAGUUCCAUGGCAAGGCUCAGACUUUUAAUGCCAUCUUAAUCUGAUGGUUGAGCGCUUCACUCUAUUUUCUGGUGCUGCCCAGCCAGUGCCUUCUGCCAUGGAUGUUACUGGCUACUUGAGAAAAAGGAGAGGGGAGAACCCCUUCUUUCGUUCUAACUGCCUCCGACCCCAAAGGGAUUCUUGGCUCUCUGGUAACCAUGGAUACCACCAUGAAUUUUAUUUGGAUCCUCAGCAGGUUGAUUCUGGAGGCCUCAUGCUAUGACUUUUUAUUUCUCUUCCUGGGAUCCACCACCCUCUACUCUCAGCUGACUGCUGCAUUUAGCCCAGGUCUCCAGUUGCUUUCCUCCAGAAAGUGUGUUCCCGUCUAGUGAGGUAGUAUUGAAGCCUCGGCUUUCCCUCUGGAGCCUGGGACCCUGUUUACAGUUGCACAUCUGGGCCCCUCACUGUGGGGAUUGAUCAUUCUCAUGAAGGAAUCACAGUUAUAUGGCAACUGCAGAAGGCUGAGCCUCCUCAUGGUGCUAUAACCCCUUGGGACACUCAUCCAGACUUCUCUGAAGCAGAAAACCUGAGCUCCCCACUCACUGCCCUAGAAUUUAUGGCAAGGAGCAAAUCUACAGCAUUCUCUCCCACCUACGUCCUGCUUCUUGGUUGAGACUACUGGGAUCCUUCAGAAAAGAAACACUGGGUCCCAUAGCUAAAUUCUCAACCGCCAGGCACCUUCAGAAGAAUCCAGCCUAAUACUGGAAUUUGUGCUAUUAUCUUCCUCUCCAGCCCCCCAACUCCAUCCCUCACCACAGUUGUCUAGGAAAUGACAUGAAUUCAAUAUCUAAUGUCAACCAAUGGGGAGAGCCACAACUCCAGGAGAGGUUCCUGAGCUGAGUCCCUUAAUUUCUGGAUGAAGAAGACCAACAAGUUUUGUCCAAUGUAUUUGUUUCUCAGACCUUGCCUAGGCACUAAAAAUAAAAUACUAGGUCAUUGGAGGCUAAUGUGGGACCUGAUGUCUGUGUGUGUGUGUGUGUGUGUGUGUGUGUGUGUGUGUGUGUCUCCCUCUCUCACACACACAAGAGCAGUUUGCUGUUGCUGUUUCCUACCUUCUGAGGCUUCAAAGUAUUUUUUAAAAUCUAUGCUUUGUGGCAGCUCUACGGUGCUUAUCUCUGUCUUUGUGUCAAUCCUUAAGUACCCAUGUCUUUUUCAUGUAUAACCAUUGGGAAGGUAGAGGCUGGCAGGGAAGUCAAAUCUGCUACAAGUCCAUGGGAAGACCCUACAAUGAAAUCCCCAUUGGUUGGUAUACUGUUUUAGUCUUGAACUGCCAACUUUCCAACUGAUCUAUCCAUAUUCCUUAAGUACUAAAGACAAAAUAGAGGGCUUCUUUUUCUCUCUUAAUGUCUUGCCUUCUGGUUUUCCUGGUUUGCAAGACUAAGUGUACCUAAUCUCACCAUCUCUUCACUUCUAGCUCUCUAAAGCAAGGGUCACACUACUCAGAGGGAUAACCCCUUACAGUGGUCUGAGGAGUAACUAUUUCCUAAAGUAUUCUAAAAGAGUAGGAAGAGAGAAAUGGUAGCCUGCUGCUUCUCACAGACACCUCACAUCCUCACUUGGGAUGGCAUCCACAUAGAAACCCUGCAUUUAGGUAAAAUUUGCCUGACUGCAGGGGACUCAGGCCUCCAAAUCAAGAUCAAGAAGAUAUCUGCAUGAGACCUUAAGAACUCUUUAUUGCCAUUAUUUGGAGAGGGCGGGGGAAUUGUCCUAAUCACACAUUUAACACAGGGAAUAAGUGCUGAAGUGACCCAGAUCACCAAGCGCAGUUCCUCAUCAUACUUUAUUUUUGCUUUCCUUAUUCCUUGGCACUGACUAAGCUAAAGUUAAGAAGCCGACUUCAUAAGCCAACCCCUGUGGUGGGAUGGAAAAAUGGGCUUUUGCAGAGGGUUUAUUAAUAGAGAUGGAUAUACUACUCACAAGUUCUGGCUCAUGGCUCCACUGAGAAGGCCAUAGUAAUAAAAUGAUCUUAUGAACACUGUUCCCCAAACGCCAAAGCCUGAAGAUAUUGCCCCUUAUAAUCCAAUCAGCCUUAUAUUUUAAUAAGUCCUGAAUCAACCUGACUACAGAUAUAUGGGGCCACCAACUUGCCAGGGUGCAUGGGUGCAUGUCUGCUCAGCCUAGCCCUGGAGGUGAGCACUGCCGGCCACAGAUCCUGGGAAAGGUGGUAGUAACCCAGAAGAUGUAGCCUUGAAGGGAGGAUACCUAUCAAAAUGCCAAAGCUGCAGGGACACGAAGACAGUUGAAAAUUCAACCUAUGUAUACUAGAUCCUUCCAGUUUGAUGGUUUGGUCAUUCUUCUUCAUGAUUAUACCAUGGAGAAUUUUCUGUGACAAGGGUGGUCAUGGAAGUAAGUGAGUGAUCCCCUGGUUUCUCAUUCCUUAAAGCAGUGGUUCUCAAAGUAUGGCACAAGACCAGCAGCAUCAGCAGCAUUUGGGAACUUGUUAGAAACGAAAUUCUCAAUCCCAUCCCAGAUCUGCUGAAUCAGAAACUCUAAUGAGACGACCCAGCAAUCCACGUUUUAAUAAGCCCUCCUGGUGAUUCUGAUGCACACUAAAUUCAACUGUUUUAAAGGGAAAGCCCUUUAUAGUAUUGGAGUUCCCACACUGAGAGGCUUUGGGGCCCAAAAUAAGAAGGUUCUAGGUUGUAAUUCAGACUUUAACAUUAAUUUCAAAGUCACCUUUCUCAUGCUUCCUUGUGUUUCUGUUUUUCCAUUUAUGAUUUUAACAAAGAAAGGUAUGUGUGCCUUUGGGUGGAAGUUAGGAGAAUGUUUGUGUCUUUCCUAGUUGAAUACAACCUUCAGAGAAAAACCUUAUGCCUUGGAAAUUACUACCUGGCACACAAAGGGGCUUCAACAAGGAAAAGCAGUUGGAGGUCUCUUCCAGAUUGCUCUUCUGCCGAAUUAUUUGUAUCUAUUCCGAGCUGAUUAUGUAAUAGGAUGGAAAAAGUAAAAAAAAAAAAAAUCUAAUUUGUAUUUCCAUGACAACGUGUUCUCCCAGCAACAUCCCUCUCCUUUAUUUGAGUUAUAAAGGGCACUGCUGGGCCUGAGAACCAGGCCAGAACCUCCUUCUGUAUGGCAGCUAACAGUGUAGGGCUCCAGUAUCCCAGGAAGGCCCCUUAUCCACACUCCACUCAGCUCAUAGGAGAGUCUUGCAUAAUGAAGACACAGACCUGGGCACUUCAGUCCUUGUGCUCCUCCUCUCUUUUCCCCACAGCAGGACCUGGAUACAGAAGUACUCAGCCAAGGUGACAGAAUAAAAUCCUUUUUUUUGUUGUUUUUUGUUUGUUUGUUUGUUUUGGAGAAGGAGUCUCGCUUUGUCACCCAGGCUGGAGUGCAGUGGCACGAUCUCGGCUCACUGCAACCUCCACCUCCCAGGUUCAAGCGAUUCUUCUGUCUCAGCCUCCUGAGUAGCUGGGAUUACAGACGUGCGCCAUCACGCCCAGCUAAUUUUUGUAUUUUUAGUAGAUACGGAGUUUUGCCUUGUUGGCCAGGCUGUGCUGGAGCUCCUGACCUCAGGUGAUUCACCUGCCACAGCCUCCCAAAGUGCUGGGAUUACAGGCGUGAGCCACAGCACCCUGCCAAAUAAGAUCCUUUUUAAAAAAAAUCUGAAAAAAGCUUCAUAUCUUUACAAACUCAUAAAAUAGCUGAUUGGGCCAUGGAGGAGAUGAGGCUGUUUAGAACUGGUUUUAUUUCAAGUUUGUCAAUUUUCCCUGUAUGAGAACUUGGGUAAAGCACAAAGAAACAUACAGUGCUAGUAAUAGGUCUCCUGCGCUCUGGAACUAAGUGUUUGGAGGAAGGACUAAAGCCCGGGGGAGGUGAGUAUAAAAUAAUUCCACUAAGAUCACCUCAGUCCCCAGAAGGCUGAUGGUGGAUCCUCUGGCCAUCUCCUGUGGGGUCUUACUGCUCCUCUGCCAUUUCUCUAUGCCUGAAGACACGAAGAUGAUAUCAAGGCAGAGCUACCAUAUCGCAGCCAGUCUCUAGGCUACUGCUGUGCAGUGGCUCCCACUUUCUAAUGCUUUAUUGUUUUUGCUUUUUCUAACAAAACAAUCUUUUUUCAAAAUGAAUUCCAACCCCUGCUAGCUUCCUUCCCCGCCUCCAUACUGUUUUAGGCAGCACCGUUUAUGUGACAGAGUCCGUGUUUCUCAAAUGCAUGGUGUUCCUCAGGUGGAGAGUGGACAGAAGUUUUUGCAACACUUUUUUUUAAGUUAUUGGGUGCAAAAUCCCAAACCAGGAUAUGUGUAUGUCUGUGUGUUUAUGUUUUUUAUUUGACCCUCCCCUCUUUCAACCAUAUCUAAUGUAGAAAAAGCGAAAUUGAAUCUGGAAAGCAAACUGUUGUAUAUAGUUGCGGUAACAAUCAUGAAGAGAGAGCUGGGCUGUCCCCUCAGUAAUUCAUUUUAAAUAACAAAUUAUUUAAAAAUAAAAUUCAUGCCAGAGCCAGCUGAAGAGGCCUCCCUUCAUCACCACUGAGGCCACCCCCAAUCUGGUCCCUCUGUCCAUCUGGCAUGUCUCCUCACAGCAAGAUUCAUCUGUUCAAUGCCAUUUGCGUUUCAAUAAAGUUAUCUCCUGUACUGUC